AUGGCAACGCCUGCGCCUCCGGCCGCGACGAGCUCGUCAAUGGCGUCCACGUUCAGAGCCUACUCGAUGCCUCUGAUUCUCUUUGCCGCCGCCAUGUUCUUCCAGCUCUUCGUCAUUCCCAAAUCCUUUCCUCCUUCUAAUUACGACAUUCUUGGUAUAAAGAUGUAUAGCUCAAUUGAAGAAGUGAGAGAGGCCUACGAAAAUAUUUCUUCCGCUUGGAACUCAGGCGAGCGAGCUCCUGUUACUCUUGAUUUUAUCAAGAUUCAAUAUGCUUAUGAGUUGCUGACAAAUCCGUUGUGGAAGAGGAACUAUGACAUAUUUGGCAUUGAUGAGCAAAUAGAUGUAAUUGAGAAGGUCAAAGAGCAAUAUGCAGGAGAAAGCUUUUCAAAGAUAGAACUUCCUUUACUUGACUCUGUUUCUUCAGAUAUUCAAGAUCAUGAUCUUACAAUCAUUACCUCCAAGGAUUUCCAGACCAUGUUUCAGGGUAACAUGCCAGCGCUAAUUCAGUUGUGCUCAUUUGGGAGCAAAAGCUGUGAUAAAUUUUCUGAUGCGUGGAAAAAAAUUGCUGCUCUGUUGGGUGGUGUGGCAAAUACUGGUCUUUUGGAACUUGGGGAGCUUCAGCUAGCAACACAUCUUGCUGAGAGAAAACCAACUGGACAACCUUUCUUCAGGAAUGGCCUUCCUUCUCUUGUUGCUUUUCCCCCGGGGUGUAAAACUUCCAAUUGUCUUGUUAGGUACGAAGGAGAGCUCUCGGUUGAUUCAGUUACAGAUUGGUUUGCAACAACCAUACUUGGUUUACCUCGUAUUCUUUACUACUCAAAGGAGUCACUGGGGCAGAAGUUUCUAGCAAAAGUUAGUCUUCAUAAGGUAAAAGUAAUUUUCUUCUCCAAAACAGGGGAGCGUGCUGCUCCUUUCAUACGCCAAGCUGCUAAAAAUUAUUGGACCCAUGCUUCUUUUGCAUUUGUGCUGUGGCGAGAAGAGGAAUCUACCUUUUGGUUUAAUUCGUUUGAGGUGGAAUCUGCACCUGCUAUAGUGUUUCUGAAGGAUCCUGGUGUCAAACCUGUUGUGUACCAUGGAUCUGUUAACAAUUCAUGGUUCUUAAAGAUCAUGGAACAGAAUAAACAGCAAGAGCUUCCACAGUUGAGGAGUACGACAUCCAUGGAAUUGGGUUGUGAUCCCCGAGGCUAUUCCCGUGCUGGACACCAUACCGUUACUUGGUACUGUGCUGUGAUAGCAGGAAGGCAUAGCCCAGAACUCAGUACUAUGCGUGGAACCAUGCGUAGGGUUGAAGAAAUCUUAUCGAAUGAAGUUGAGUCAAGAUCAGCUGAUGAAGAGCAAUCUAUAGCACCAGCAGCAGUUGCACUUAAAAGCAAACGACUGACAUUUGCUUGGCUUGAUGGAGAAGCCCAAAAGAAAUAUUGUCUCUUCUUCCUCCAAUCUGAAACCAGCCAUGAAGCUUGUGGAGAAAGGACAGAUAUGACUGAUGUACCUCAGUUAUAUAUCGUACGCUACAAAAGGAAUGUGACAGAAGAGGGUGACAAACCCAAGGAAAAGCCGAAAAGCAUAUGGGAUGCAGUACAAGAUCAGGAAUUAGAUCCAGCAUCACAGCUUGUGGCCAAGUACAAUGGUUCAAAUGAAAUUCCGGAGAUUAUGAAAUGGAUCUCGCAAAUAAUCAAGGAUGGAGACUCCAGAGAUCUUCCUCAUUAUAGAACAAGAACUCCUCAUCUGGUUCCUGAGGAUUCAGAGCCAAUAUGGUCCGCAGGUGUCCAAAGCAUUCCUUCAACAAAUACAAUCAAGCAGAGCAUCCGUAGCAUUUUACGUGGAUUCUAUGAUCGCAUCGGAGGAGAUCCAAGGAUUGGUCCAAUUUUGCUUCUGGCGGCAUUGAUGUCUUUUGGUGCCAUCUGGCUUCGGAGAAGCCAAGCAACUCCAGUGUCGAAUCAACCAAGUCAACCAAAUUCCAAGGAAGCAGGUAGACCAAGGAGAGACCGGCCUCGAAGAGUGACUAACGAACACUUUCCUCCUUCCAUCACUGAUAUGGAACCCAAAGAUUCUUAUCAAUGGUCACUAUCAGGUUCUGAUUCUGAUUAG